GUCCUCCGCCAACGACAACAACAACCCUUCUCCAUCAUGCACAACCUGCGCACCUUCGCCCGCUCCUUCGAGCCACACCCCUUCCAGCGUCUACCCGUGACCAGCCACCCGGCCCCGGCCGACUGGGGCCGGCUGGUCACACGAUCCGUCAAGCAGGCUACGGUAUACUUCCCGCUCGGUUUGGCGCUGCUCGGCUGGCCAUAUCUCGGCUCUGUCGUGCUC